GGUGGGAAAGUCGCAGUCCGUCAGGGGGAGCAUCGUCCCUCUCUUCUUGCCUAUUGUCUCGACAGAGAUGCCAGAAGACUUGCAGGCGACGAGCAAGGAGCUCAUGAUGACCUUUCUGCGACAAGACACUGAGGGAGUCACGAUGAGGGAGCUGGUCAAACAUCAUCAGGGGCAUCUCAACGCCACACUUCUUCUCCUCCAUGAAAUCCUGCGAGAAACUUCCAAGCUGCCAGAGCGAGUCCUUGUGCAGGGGAUGAUGGAGAUCGAAGCGGCUUGCAAAACAGAAGCUGCGUUGAUAGAAGCUCAAGUGAGCAAGGAAGAUGGUGCAGAGUUUGCAAAGAAGGCCAAAGUACAGAAGAAGAUGAACAAGUUGAGUCAAGUCACUGAGAUCAGAUCGACUGCGAGAGCGAUUCGAAAGAAAAUCUUCAACCGCAAGCUGACAAGUUCAUGCUUCUAUCUUCUCUUCUCCCUGCUGCUCUUCUCCUUCGCUCUUCUGGGAGUUAUCUUGAGUGAUCAGCGCUGCAUGAAACUGUUUGUGGAACAGAGCGAGUUGUGGAGCACAGGAAAGCAGCUGGACUAUCGUGUCAUCGCAGCAUCAUUUGAAGGCUGCAUCAAGAGAACAUUAGGAUUCAUUAUCAAUUGAUGCAAAUAAUCUAGCAAACCAUGUCCUCCCAAGGCCUGAAAGUGAACCACAACAUGAGAAUCAGUUCGAGCCGUCGUCAACCGUCCGCCUGCAGAUAUCUUCUCCUCCUCCCCUUCAGCAGAAGUUCUUCAUGGUGCUGCAGAGAUCCUGCGGCUUCGCCAUGGACGCGAAUCUUCGAGAGUUUCCGUUCCAGUCAUGCCCGAGCCUGAAGGACCCACGGUCAUCUCGUGGCUGCGUUGGGUCAAGAUCGUCGCGGACAUGAAUGCUGUAAGGGCCCGAGACGCUUCGAUCAGGGAUGAGCUUCUGAAACAUCUGCUCUCACUGUCAA